UUUGCUGUUUCAAAGUCACUGGGAUGAAGAUGAGCUGUUGUAAUUCAAAGACCUGAAUUUCAGCCCCAGCACUGACAUCCAGUUUUCCAUGAGAGAAAUGGCUGAAAUCGUGCAUCUCCUGUUUACCUUAAAGGGUUGCUGGAGCAUCAGAGGUGAGCAAGCAUAUGGUCAAAGCAUUUUGCAUUUUGUACAUGGUAAAGUGCCACUCAUCUGUAUAUAUAGUAAGAGACAGGAUCUCACUCUGUUACUCAGAGUGGCAUGAUCAUAGCUCACUACAGCCUUGAGCUCCUGGGCUGAAGCAGUCUUCCAGCCUCAGCCUCCAGUAGCUGGGACUACAAAUACACGCCAUCAGGCCCAACUAUUUUUUUUAAUUAUUUUUUGUAGAGAUAAGGUCUCACUACAUUGCCCAGGCUCAGAAAUUCUCAUUUUUAUUUUCAUUGUGGAGUGGCCACUGAAGUGAGCCCCAGUUACGAGGAAGGAAACUGACAUUUCCAUUAAUGUGUCCCUCUGCUUCCUUGACACUCUCCAAGUGAGAUUCCUGGGACCCCUAUUGGUUAACAGUGCAACUUCCUGAACCCCCCUUCAGGCUUCUGUGACCAACUAAGAAAUUUUACUGCUCCACUUCUGCCCAACUUUGCUCCCCAGAGAUAUGGAUAGAGUGGCUGUUGCCAGUCUCACAUGAUGUUAAGUUGAUAUUCAGGAAUAAGGUAAAAGUCAAAAUGUCAAAGUCCACAGUAUAAGAUAGAAAGGAAAGAAUAUUUCAUUCCUAGUAUCUACAGAUUAAAAGGAAAGCCUAGAUCUUCCACUAUUAGAAGAGAUGAAUACCCCAGCAGUGUGGCUACUAUUUGCUAAUACACUAGAAAAACACUUUUCUCUCCCAUUUCAGAUAACGUAGAAGGAGGGACGGGUGAGAGCAAUGUUAAGUGUUGGAUUCCAGGCUACCCCAACAGCCACAAAGUAAUUCUAGUCACAGUUUACCCCCAGCAGAUUCACACAGUGAGAAAUUCAUAAGGCCCUAUUUACACAUUUCAAUAUUAAAGCCCCAAGAACCGGGGUCAUUUGAUGGUAUUAAUAACAGUCCUAAAGAUUCUGACAGCAGUGACAUUUCAGAGAAAGAAAUGCCAGGGCACCCAUGCAUCAGCGAGAUCGACAUUUGAUACUGCGCAUUGUUGGCAAUAUUCAAGUGCUAAUCAUUCUGUUUUUGUUUUCCUUCUAACACAUGCAUUUUUUGAGAUUGGUUUGCGUUUCUUUAUCGUCAGAGCUACCUGGUUUUGCUUAUUACUAACUCCUUUAUCAUUACGAGGUCCACACCAGGGCUAUUUAAAUACUUGAAAUGAGGAACAGUUAAACAGUCUGCUGAAACAUUAGUCUAGGAGGAGAUAUAAGGUUACUUCCUUCAGUAACACACUCCGCUACAUAGUCAGGUGAAGAUUGUCUCUGUAGAGGCUUCUGGAUGUGGUUGUAGGAAGCAUGGACUGUGCAAGCUUGCGCUGAAGGAGGACGAGAGGAUGGACUUACAAUCUUGAAACAGAGUGUUUGGAAGAGCUGACCUUGGAGCAGAGCAUUGCCGAGUAUCUGAAAGAUGUCAACGACCCUCGCUGCUGCUCGGAGACCUUGGGGAUGACCUGCACCCACUAGCAUGCCUGGAUGGUUCAAAACGGCGUGGUAUGGGCUGGCGUCUUUACUCAGCUUCUCCUCCUUCAUCCUGAUCAUCGUUGCCCUGGUAGUGCCCCACUGGCUGAGUGGGAAAAUCCUUUGUCAGACUGGAGUGGAUCUGGUCAACGCCACAGACAGAGAGCUGGUCAAGUUCAUUGGGGACAUUUACUACGGGCUCUUCCGAGGGUGUAAGGUGCGGCAGUGUGGGCUCGGGGGCCGCCAAUCCCACUUCACGAUCUUCCCACACCUGGUGAAGGAGCUCAACGCAGGCCUUCAUGUGAUGAUUCUGCUGCUCCUCUUCCUGGCCUUGGCCCUGGCUCUGGUCAGCAUGGGCUUUGCCAUUCUUAACAUGAUCCAGGUCCCGUACCGGGCAGUCAACGGUCCUGGGGGCAUCUGCCUAUGGAAUGUCCUGGCAGGCGGCGUCAUGGCGUUAGCCAUCGCCAGCUUCGUGGCUGCGGUGAAAUUUCACGACCUGACGGAACGAAUCGCCAACUUUCAGGAGAAGCUCUUCCAGUUUGUGGUGGUGGAAGAACAGUAUGAAGAGUCGUUUUGGAUCUGCGUGGCCAGCGCUUCAGCCCAUGCUGCAAACUUGGUCGUGGUGGCGAUCAGUCAAAUUCCCCUCCCUGAGAUUAAGACCAAAAUCGAAGAGGCCACGGUCACAGCUGAGGAUAUCUUGUAUUAAUAGCCUUCCCCUGUUCACACCCUGUCCUAAGUCAGUUCUGUGUGUGAAUGGAGUCCUCAUGUUUUUGCAGCCUUCCCACUCCAUCAUGGCUAUGUUCUCAGCAGUAAGAAAAAGGAUGUGAAGGACCAAGGCUGUUGCCUGGGCCAGAAAAGAAAAACUUGCCCGGAAUCCCCAGCGUCCUUGCAUUCCUCUCUCAUGACCUUGGAGUUCAAGUUGCAGCUGGAGACUCUGCCACUUGCCAGCUGUGUGUGACAUUAGACAAUUCACUUAAUGUCUACGUCUCUGUUUCUUCAUCUGUAAACUAAGCACAGUAACAACUUCGCAAGGCUGUUGUGAAGUUUAAAUGGGUGAUGAUAUUGCCAGAUUCUGCAUUCUGUAGAGCACUUGACAAAUAUAAGAUACUACAUAUUCCAAUAAGUGUCUGUAGAUCCCUGGUCGAUUCCAUACAAUAUUGGGCUGGUGAGUGGGGAAGAAUUCUAAGAGGAAUAUGAUACUGUUCCCGUUCCUGCCCUCCAGAAACACCUAUCUUUCCACAUGACACAGGACUUAGCAAUGGUAACACUAAGAAUGUAAGUAACUGCCAUUUUUUGAGUGGUUACUAUGUGCUAGACACUGUUCUAACUCAUUUAUUAACUCAUUAGGUCCUAAUGGCAAAAGCAGCAAUUACUUUUGCACCAACCUAAUAAUAGAACAGCCAUAAGGGACCGAGGAGGGAAUUAAAUCUUGGGGAUGGGAUGUGGUAUUAAAGAAAGUAUCACAGCGUGAACAUUUGAUCUGAGCUUUGAAAGAUGAGUAGACUUUUUCCAGUGGUGAAGGAAGCAAGGUUAAAGAAGGGCAUUCCAGGAUGCGUCAGUAAAA